ACCUCCUCUCCACAAGUCCAGAUCUCCCAUUCACACACACUCGCGCGCGCACAGAGACCUCCACGCGCAGCCAAAGCAUCCACCCAUGGCGCCUCUCCUCCUGCUCUUCCUCCUCGGCGGCCUCUGCGCCCUCUUGUCGCUCGCCACUUCCUCACGCGCCAGCGCCAAGAAGUGCGAUGACGUCAAGAGCAACGGCAAUUGCGGGGACUCCGGCGAGGAGGCAAGAUGCAGGGACGACUGCGCGCCAGAGGAGACGCAGCAGCAGGGGAAGAUGCAGGCGCGGCCCGACCCGGAGAAGGACCUGGGCAUCGUAUUCUCCACGUUCGACCACGACGGCGACGGGUUCAUCACGGCGGUCGAGCUCGAGGAGUCGCUGCGCCGCCUCGGCAUCGCAGUGUCCGCCGACGAGGCCGCGGCCAUGGUCACGCGCGUCGACGCUAACAGCGACGGGCUCAUCGACAUCCACGAGUUCCGCGAGCUCUACGACUCCAUACCCAAGAAGAGGAAGCACCAGCACCCCGCCGCCGGCGGUUUCAGCGGGGCAGCAAUGGAGGUGCCGGUGGAGGGCGACGACGAAGAGGCCGAGGAGGAGAGGGACCUGCGGGAGGCGUUCGACGUGUUCGACGGCAACAAGGACGGGCUCAUCUCCGCCGAGGAGCUCGGCACCGUGCUGGGCUCGCUCGGCCUGCGCCGCCAGGGCAACGCCCGGACCGCCGUCGCCGAUUGCCGCGACAUGAUACGCCUCGUCGACAGCGACGGCGACGGCAUGGUCAGCUUCGAGGAGUUCAAGCGCAUGAUGGCCGUCGUCAAGGCCUAGGCUGCUCUUCUUCCUCCUCGCAGAUCAAAUCAAGUACCAAACUUGAGUAGCGUUAUUUCGUUCUUGGAUCGGAAAAGAUUAACACACCAGGAGCUCGUAUUUGUUUAUGGGGGGUUUGAAAGCUGAAGUAGCUUUUUGAUCUGUGUUUCUCCCCUGUUCUUCAAUCUUGAUAACUUGCUCUGCUUUUACACUCUGAUUCUCUCCUACUUUUUUUAGUCCUUGGUACUGUUUUCACUGACAUAUAUUGAUCAGACAUGUAUGUAAAUAUUACUUCUUGCUCGCUGUCAGGUCAGUCUGUGGAAAAAAUUAACAAUUAAGGGCUAGUCUGAGAACCCUAUUUUCUCAUGAGACUUUCAUUUUUUACAAGAGAAAUUAGUUCAUUUUUUCUUGAGAAAAUAGAAAUCUCUUUGAAAAUGGAGUUCCCAAACUAAUCCUAAAUGAAUCAACGAGUGUUUGUGUUUGGGACC